UGGCUGGGUAAUACAUGACCAUGAGCUGGAGUUAAAGGAAUCAAUUGGGAAAGGGGAAUUUGGUGAAGUAAUGUUAGGAAUUUUGCGAGGUGAAAAAGUAGCUGUUAAAGUUCUAAAAGAUACCAGUGAAGCAGCUCAGAAGUUUUUGGCAGAAGCCUCAUUAAUGACGUCUUUGAGACAUGAAAACCUUGUACAGCUUCUAGGUCUAGUUAUGAACAAGCAACAUAUUUACUUGGUCACAGAAUUUAUGAGUAAAGGCAGUUUGGUAGAUUAUUUGCGCUCCCGCGGAAGACUUCAUGUUACGAAAAGAGAUCAGAUCAACUUUGCUGUUGACACAUGUUCAGGCAUGGAGUACUUAGAGUCAAGAAAAGUUGUUCACCGGGAUCUUGCAGCCAGAAAUGUGCUCAUAUCUGAAGAAGGUGUUGCCAAAGUUUCUGACUUUGGUCUUGCCCGUGAAGAAAGUUUCACACAAGAUGGGGGUAAACUUCCAAUCAAAUGGACUGCUCCCGAAGCUUUGAAACUAGGGAAAUUCUCCAACAAGUCAGACAUGUGGAGCUUUGGGAUUUUGUUGUGGGAAGUGUAUUCAUUUGGUAGAGUACCUUAUCCCAGAAUACCUCUUGCAGAUGUUGUGAAACAUGUUGAUAAGGGCUAUAAAAUGGAAGCGCCUGAGGGAUGCCCUCCUGAAGUUUAUCAAAUUAUGAGCCAAGCUUGGGAUCUUCAUCCAGAAAAGAGGCCAAAUUUUAAGGAUGUGAAAGCUAAACUGAUUUUACUACAGAAUACCACUGCAUAGCACUGGCUUGUUAAUAAUUCACUGUCCACUCAGGCUUAAAAAACUAGUUCUGAUGACAGUUGACAGUCAUUUCAUGUCUUCUAUAAUCGUCCAGAUAAUUGAAAAGAAAAAGAA